UUGUUUACAAAGUACAAAAAGGACGUUUUGCUUCGAACUUGUGCAAACUGUUUUUUUUUCCUUCUGCUGCAAACGAUCGACUUUGGCCAAGAGACUUUUAGCGCACACGACCUUUAGUACCUUAUGACUUUUUAAAGCUAUUUUUAUAUGUUGUAAAUGUUUGCGUAUCACUGUAUGUUCUGUGGGGAAUGUCGUAAACACAGAGUUUGUCGCAUAGCAUGACAGUGCAAUGAAAUGGGUUCUCGUUCGUUCAGUUACUGAUGAAUUACACUGUUUGUUUGUUUUUUUCAUUGUUGUUCAUUUGUUGUUGAAUUUUCAUAUAAAAACCUGUCACCUCAUCACAGAUUGUUAAUAUUUGAUACUAAACGUAACAUCAUGUAAAGGGGAGCGGUUUUUAAAAAUGUUAAAAAAAGACAAAAAUAAAACAUUUUUACAUCAAUAAAAUGCAGAACGUGUACUUUUUUUGACUAAUACUACUAAGACAUGGACAAAGUAUUUCACAAGGAAUACAGGAUAAAAAUCAACUGUUCCAUUAGUUUUUUUUCUGACACUACUUUUCUUGAUCUGUUUUUCACAGAUUUGCUGAAAUUUAAGGAUGAAACAACAGCGAUGAUUUGAUCAAACAAAGUGUUGGUUUUGCCACAUCCUGGUUUUGCCGGAUGCACUAAUACACCAACCACACACCACGUUGGUACGAACUGUACUUCAGGUGGGUUUUUUUUGUUUGUUUUGUUUUUUUUGUUCUGUACUUGUUUUGUUGAAAGUGGACCAGUGAGCUGAAAACACCUUUGUUUGCUGUUUCCAGACUCAGGCUCAUAUUUCACUGUUCUCUGCAGGUGAGGAGCUGAGCCGCAGGAGGAGACCGGAUCAGAAUCAGCCUUCAGCUGUUUGAGAGACAAACUUGACUUUCAGGAUUCUGUGUUUGCCUUUACUGGUAUUGCAGUGGUUAUUUUGUCGGAGCGGCCGUCGGAGAAACCACACCUUUGUUUGCGGCUCUUGAAGAAACUGGGCGGCGAUUGGUUCGGAGCUGUAACCAUAGCGGUGAAGGGAGGGUGUGGCGUAGUAAAGGUUACACUGAUCCACCGUGUGGAACGGUGUCAACACUCUUCUAAAGCUGAGUUUCUCCGUUACAGGUGAAGACAAUGGACACUGAUUAUUCAAAACCUCAUAACAUGUGCUGGGGAACCCUGGGAACUGUGAGACCCUUCCCCAACUUCCACCCGGACAGAGACACGAUGGACCUGCAGGUGGCACUGCAGAAGAAAGACACUUUGACGCUGGUGAGAAUCCUGACCAAUCGCUGCAAUGCUCAGAGACAAGUCAUCGUUAACACUUUUGAGGAGUUAACGCAAAAGGAACUGUCCGCUGGUUUGAAGAAAGCUCUCAGUGGAGAUCUGGAGCAGCUGAUGCUGGAGCUGCUGAUGUCACCGGUGGAGCACGAUGCCAACAGGUUGCAGCAGAGCAUGGUGGGUUUAGGCACGGACGAGGAGACGCUGAUGGAAAUCCUCUGCACAAAAUCUGGGAAAAAGCUGCAGGAAAUUUACAGCGCGUACAGUCAACUGUAUAAGAAGGAUCUGGAGAAGGAGCUGAAAGGAGAAACCAGUGGAGACUUUGGAAAGCUAGUUGUGGCGUUGCUAAAUAAACAAGUCAUGGUUGGAUAUGUUCAAAGAGACACUGAGGUACUGUGUGAAACACUCAAGGCCAAAAAAGUGGAUCCAGGUCCGUGGAUCACCAUCCUGACCACCAGAACCUCAGAACAUCUCAACAAAGUGUUUUUUGGAGUGGAGAUCGAGAGCAGACAGACCGUGGAGGAGGUGGUGGAGAAGAGGUUCUCAGGAGACCUUCGACUGGGCCUCAAGGUGUUAGUUCAGUGUAUCAAGAACUCUGAUCAGUACCUGGCCAAGAGACUGAGCAGCAUGAAGACUUCGCUGGUUCAUGGAAUCCUGGUGUCUCACUCGGAGGAAGACCUGCUGUGUAUCAGAGCUGCCUUCCUCAAAUUAACAGGCACUUCUCUGUACACAACCCUGCAGAAACAUUUCAAAGGAGACCACCUCCAGGCUCUGCUGGCCCUCUGUCGGUCAGAGGACUAGGUCAGGUCUUCAACCACAACCUCUCUCACAGGGAACUUAAUCAAUCAGAUCUGAACAGAGAUAAUGACUGAUGUAUGAAUGGACGUCAAUAAACAAAUGCAUGUUGUAUAAUUC